AUGGAGAAACUGGUGACUCCAUAUCUUCUGUUGGUGUUGGUGGUCAGCACCACUCUGGUGUGUGCCAAGAAGGGCAAGGAUGAUGAUGAGGGUGAGAAGAAGAAAUCUGAUGUUGGCACAGUCAUCGGGAUUGACUUGGGAACCACUUACUCAUG